AUGGCGGAAGCGACGACGGCGUCAGGCAAGAUGCGCGUGAAGCAGGUCUACACGUACCCGAUCAAAUCGCUGCGAGGCAUCUCGUUGCCACGCCUGAGCGCCACGUACACGGGCUUCCCGCACGACCGCCGGUUCAUGCUCUUCGACGUCACACAGGGCAAGAACAUGCACAUCGCCUACCACGUCGAGAUGUGUCUUUUCACCACGGCCUUUGACGACGCCACCACACCCAGCGAAGUCGUCGUCACGUACACGAAGGACCACGUCUUUGACCAGCCCGAGAACAAGGUCAGCGCCGAACCACUGCACGUCUCGCUCGACCCGGCGACCGAAGGCCUGGAUGAGGUCGACAUCACGAUGCAUUCCAGCCCGGUCAUCGGCUAUGAUAUGGGCGAGCAGUACAAUGCCUGGUUUUCCGAGCGUUUCGGCUACGAGGUCAAGUUGUUGUACAUUGGCGGGAACAGCAGGAAGGUUCUGGGCAACGUGCCGCCCCACGUUGCGGCAGCGGCAGCGGCAGAGCAACAGUCUGGCAGCAGCUCGGGCUCGUGGCUGGGCAACAUCACCUCGACGGCGACUUCGCUGCUCCGCAACGUCACCGUGGCCACUGGCGGCGAGUACCCAGGCGGAGGGGUGGACCAGGGCAUCUCGUUCGCCGACGUCGCGCCGUACCUCGUCAUCAGUACCACGUCGUGGGAGAACGCGCAGCGGCGCCUCGACUCCCCCUCCGAGGUCCUGGACAUCUCCAAGUUCCGCCCCAACAUCGUCGUCGAGGGCGCCGUGGCCGAGUUUGAAGAGGACUACUGGGCCGAGCUGGAGAUUGGAGACGCCGACGCCGGGGCUGGGGCAAAGAUCGUGCUCACGCAGAACUGUGCCCGGUGCAAUAGUCUCAAUGUCGACUACAGCACGGGCAAGGUCGGCGAGGGCGAGGCCGGCAAGAUCCUGAAGAAGUUGCAGAGCGAUCGCCGCGUCGACGCGGGGGCCAAGUGGUCGCCUGUGUUUGGCCGGUAUGGGUUUCUGGCGAGGAUUCCUGAGGGGAAAGAAGCGCCGGCUAUCAAGGUCGGCGAUGAGGUCAGGGUGGUCAAGCGGAACAAGGAGAGGACGAGGUUUGGUAAGUUAGGUCUUCACUCGCUGUGCCCAUGUCCUUGCAUUCCCAUCCAUCCAUCGCCCGCCGUCGUGAUCGGAGUCCGCAAUGUGGCCGGAGCUGACUUGGCUGUAUUCUGA